AUGUCGAAUCUUCCUGAUGAUUAUCAACCACCCGAUCCAAAUAGUCUUCCAACGGGUCCAUCAGAUCCAAGUACAUCAUCAUAUGGUUUUUCUCAUACAAUGAUUCGUAUAAAGGAUCCUCGUGUUUCACUUGAUUUUUAUACACGUAUUCUUGGAAUGACUCUUGUUCGUAUUAUGUCAAUGCCUGCUGGUAAAUUUACAAAUUAUUUUUUAUGUUAUCCUCAAUCCGAAGUACCAAAUAAAGAUAAUCAGGAUAAAUUAAUGCAAUGGUUAUGGCAACAACAAGGUGUUCUUGAAUUAUGUCAUAACUGGGGUACAGAAUUAGCUUCAAGUGGUUUUGAAGGUUAUAAAUCUGGUAAUGAACCUGAACAUAAAGGUUUUGGACAUAUUUGUAUGUUAGUUGAUGAUCUUCAACAAGCUUGUGAUCGUUUUACUAAAUUAGGUGUACAAUUUAAAAAACGACCUGAAGAUGGUCAAAUGAGACAUAUUGCUUUUAUCUUAGAUCCAGAUCGAUAUUGGAUUGAAAUUAUACAAAAAAGUUCUGGAGAUAAAGAACAUACCAAUAAAUGA